UGCCAUUAGCCCGCUGCCUUUGCAGAAUGGUUUCCUUUGUGAUUGCAGGGAAGGCCAGCGAUCCGUCCUUUGCUCGCGCGGAAUAUGCAGCAAAGCAGGUCCAGGCCAUGGUGCCCAACAUCUUUGUGCAGCUCGAGAUGAAGCAUCCCGACCAUUGGAAAAGUUUCCUCGCGACGAUCAGCAGAUUGUACGACUUCUCAGACUACCCUGAUGACUUCUCUGGACCUUUGGUUUGGACUCUGGAGGGUGGUCUGAUUGGUGGUGCUGCAGAUUUUGUCCAGAAGAUCUGCAUCGAACAGUUUGGCAUCCAGGAUCCUCCGGCUGUGACAGACCCUAUGUUCAAAGAGAUCGCGGCGGAAAAUCUGAAGCAGGUGAAGAUGCAGCUGCAACGCGAACAGGACGGUCCUGGUGUGGCUGAGAGAUGUGCCAGUGCCCAUGCAAGCGCUCAGGAAGGUGGCCUCAUAGAGGCCACGAACUUCUCGGAGAAGCGGCACUUCUUCAGCCAUGGUGCCUGUAUUGAGGUGUGGAUCAAUUCAUCUGUUGUGGAGGAGGCAAAAGCCAAUGGUGCUGCCUUUGGUGCAGGCGAAUCAGCUCCACUGGAUCCCCGUUUGGCCGUUUGCAAGGUUGGUCAGGAGGAAUCACACACCGUGCUUUUGCAUCCCAAACCUUUGUUUCCAAAGCAGAUGGCGCUGGUGCCCAGCCGUUUCUUAGUUGAAGCAACACCCGAGGUACCUGCAGAGGAAGUGGCACCGGAGGCAGAAGCUCCAGCGCCAGAGCAGGCUCCACCUGAAGCGCCAGAUGUGGAAGCAGAAGCCCUGGAUCAAGCUGCGCCAGCCCCAGCAGCGCCGCCGUCGCUACUGGUGCCGCCACAUCGUUUCCGCAGCGAUGCGCAAGAGGAUUUGAGCCUCGCAGACUUCACCGCAGCAGUGGAACUGCUGUCGCAAGUCGGAGGUGUUGCUGUAUGGUCGGCCAUCAGGGGCGGCUCUGAGUUCCGACAUCCUUUGGAAACCCAUUUGCAGGUCCUCCCAUUUCCACAGACGGGUUCUCCACUGAGAUACCCUUUGGAGUUUCUGAUCGAUCGGUGCAUGCGGGAGGGUCCAAUCUCCACCCUGCCAUGCUUCCCCUUCGAGCAUUUUUUACUCGCAGUUCCACAGGCAGAUGGAGCAAAGCCUGCUGAGACGGCGAAGUCAAUCGCCAUGACCUACGACUCUGCAUUAACGAAGCUCCAGGGCAUUCGUCAAGGAGCUUCUCGUCUGCUUUGCUUCACUACGACUUGGAUGCUGGUGAUGCCGCUGACUCCUCCAGAGCCUGGUACACCAGAGCACGAGGUGUGGCUAAAGUUGCCACCCUUGCAUCCUUGUGCCCUAUGUGGAAUUGCAAUUUGCCCAGAAAUCGAUCAGACCUUCCCGGAGACAGCAGGAGGUCAGCUGAGACAGCAGCGACUUGUCUCCAGCCGAGCAGAGGAGGAAGGGAUCCCAGAAGAUGCUCCAGAGUACGGCCUGGCCAGAAACGAGGUCCGCAUCUCCAGGCAGAUCUAUGAUCGGCCGCUCGAAACCUUGGGCUUUUGGGUGAAGUGAUCUGCGGAGUCUGACACUGUCCCGGAGGGAGAACAGGUGGG